CAUAAUAAACGUUGUAUCAAUAAAAUACUCAACCAUCUCGGGACUAAUGCCUCGUUCCUACUCGCGAUCGCCUUCCCGGCCUCGUAAAUCGCAUCGAAGCAGUAAGCAUGGCAAAAAGCAACGCUCUCGGUCACGGGAAUAUGAAUAUGAACAUCGUCGAAAGGACAGCGACAGAAGCCGACGCGUGAACCGAUCGAAAUCUCGCUCGGUAACAUCAUCUUCGUCCUACCGUCAGGAGAAAAAAGCAUCCUAUCGAAGCCGUUCCAAGGAUGAUCGACGCUACAAGAGUUCGUCCAGCAAAAAGUCCACAUCUCGCGAUCGAUACCGGGGACGCAAGUCACGCGACCGGGAGCGCUACCGUCGCUCAUCCAGCAGCUCCAGCUCGUCUUCGUCCAGUAGCUCCAGCAGCAGUUCGCGUGCGAGUAGUAGCAGCUCACGAUCGUCUAAGAAUUCGGGGAAAUCUCCGGAGAAAGAGUACGUUUUCAAAUCCAUGAACGCGGAAAUCCCCGGCCUCGUGGACCAUUCGGAAACAAAUGCGAAACUGGAAAAGUUGGAUGCGGACGAAUUCGUUCCUCAAGCGUUCGUGUCCACCAGGAAACCGGCCACCAAUAUCGUUAUCGAUCUGGCAUCUCAAACCAUCAAAGUGCCCGCUACGGAACAACCGAAAGCCCUGGAGGAAGAUUCUCUCUUUCAUCCCUCGUUCUUUCCAGGCGAUGACGACGAGCGAAUGGCACGAUGGAUCAAGAAGUUGCACAGCUUACGCCAAACUUUGCUCUGAAUCACGCGGCAGCGAGCGAGUACCGUUUAAUAAACACAAUUUAUUGACUAACGACAA